UAGCGACACACAGAAGACCGCUUACUAUGGAGAUGGGAGCAACCUGCAACGUUCCGGAUCUUUGUAGCUACCGCUAAAGGCUAUCUGGGAUGGUGAUACGUUUGUCUUCCAGCAGCAUUCGCCACCAUCGGAAAAAAUUGGGCUCGUCCGGGAUUUGAACCCGGGACCUCUCGCACCCGAAGCGAGAAUCAUACCCCUAGACCAACGAGCCACGUGUUCAUUUUCACUGAUACAACAGGAUUUAAUCUGUCUAACUAGCAAAGUUUGGUAAGUAUAAUGACCGUUGUAUGAUUUAUCUUUGGCCGACUGUACGUCCAGUUUCCGACACAUGAAAUGAGAUAUAGAUAAGCUCCAUUGUGAGAUGCCAGUUGCUACACCGUGUGUAUGCCACUACUGCAACAUCUAUUCUGAAACCUUAAGUGCUAAAUGCUAAACGUUAAGAUUCCAAACAACUUUAUUAGCGCAGCUGUAAUUUCGCUUCAUAUAGUAGUGACGUACAGCAUGCUGAGGUCACAGGUUGGGGGCGGAGUUACCGCCUUACACCAGGAAAUCCAUUGGAGCCAGAGCAGUUGUUGGUCGAAAACAUGGUCGAAAACAACUUGGCCGCCGCUGCUCAGUUUGGCUGUGGUUAGUAACGGUCGUACUGUUACAAGAAGACUUUAUGAACACCGACAGCAUCACUUUGAACAAGAUGGAGCCUUCUUUGGGAUCAAUGCAGAGUCCUGAUCUGAGCUCUGUUCUGUCUUCAUGUGAGCCAGAGCUCCAGGAGCUAAUGAGACAGAUUGACAUCAUGAUCAAUCAUCAGAAGAGGGAGUGGGAGGCUGAGAUCAGGGCCUUGGAGCUCCGCUUGAAAAAUGAAGAAGAGGAACUUUUAACCUCGAGGAAUAUCAUUGAAAGGAGGGACCUUGAGAUCGAAUUGCUCCGCAAGCAGCUAGAAGAUGUCCAGACUGAUCGGCAAGAAUUAGCUGCCAAAUACGAGCAACAGCUGCAGAAAGUCCGAGAAGAGUUGGAUAAAUUAAAGAGAAGUUACCUCAAGCUUCAGCGAAAACAGCUCAAGGAGAGCAGUGGAGGAGCUAAAAAGGCCGACGUUUCGAAGGAAUACAAUCAACCCUCCCAGUGCCAGACACAGCUGACAGCACUGGAGGCCCAUAAUAAGAGGCUGACAGAUGAGCUCUCACAUGUGAAGUCCGACUUGGCAUCACGGCGAGUGGAGUGGGAGCACAGAGAGUGUUGUUUAGAGCUGCAGCAUCUACGCGCUCAGCUGGAGAUAGCUCAGGGCAGUCUGCAUUCACAGGAGCUGGAACUGGAGCGUUUCCGACCGCUGGAGGUGUGGCUGGGACAGUACCAGAGAGAGCAGCAGCUGUUUUCAGAGGAACGCGAGGAGCUUCACGCCACGCUGGACUGUCAGGACACAUUUGUGCGGAGAAUGAGUCUCGAACGGCAACGGCUACGAAAUGAAGCUGCCAGAAUGAACCAAAUGCUGCAAGCUAAAGAUGAAGUCAUUCGCUCUCUGGAGGGCUGUCUGGCAGCUCAGGGCUGUGCUGGUGUGGAAACCCUCAGAUCAGAUCUGGAGAGAACAGCAGCCAAACUUCACCGUGCACAAGCAUGUGAGGGCCAUCUGAAGGCGGAACUGGCUUGUCUCAAAGAGAGACUGGAGAAGGUGAGCAGACAGAGAGGAGACCACUCAAAGACAGAACGGGAACUGAGGAAGCUUAAAGCAGAAAAUGACUCCGCUGUUGCUGAAAUGAAAAAGCUCAGAGAGGAGCUCCAGAGGGCCAGGCAGACUCACAGCGGUGAGGUGGAAGGAAUGAGGAAGGAGGUGUCGAAGCUGACCGGAGAGCUGCACCAGCGUGACCUCACCAUCGCAUCGCUGAGCGACGCUUCAUCCAGCAUCAAGCAGCAGCUUCGUGGUGAAACAGAGCGAGCAGAGCAGAAGGCAGCAGAGCUUAAAAUGACUCAGAUCCAGCUGGAGACUCUCCAAACUGAGAACCAGCAUAUCAGAGGUCUACUCCAGAGACUACCAUCUCAGUCACCCACGAGGGGAGACUCCUCGCUUGCUUCACUGAGGGAGAGUUAUGUCUCUUCUCUGAGCAGCCUGGAACAGGAGAACCAGCAGCUAAGGCAGGCGCUGGGUGAGAUGAGGUCACAGGUUGAGAUCUCCAACCAAACCUGUCAGGAUAAAUAUGAGCGAGCUGUGCUCAGCCACGCCGGCACUGACCAACCGCAGCCUGCUCAGGACAGGCUGCAGGAAGACCUACAGGCCUCGAAAGCUAAGUCCCAGGAGAACAGCACUCGCUAUGAAGGGGAGAUCCAGAGGCUCUUUAAGGAGCUUCACACCUUGCCGUCGUCCCCCACAGAGCUGCCAGGCAGCCAGAACCCAGACUUCAGACCUCAUUCAUCUUCCUCCUCUGACAGCAGCAGCACCAGACUGUCCAGGAGAGACCCCGCAUUAGAUGUCAGUGAGUCUGCUGCUGAGGGUCAAAGCUCUGAAGACUCUCUGACUUCAGGCUUCAGAGAAAAACCUUCUGCUGUGGAGCUUUUGUCAACGUCACCUGCGCAGGGAACGGUCACUCGAUUCCUGGAGGAGGAGAAUCUACGGACUGAGGAGCUGCUGCAGAGGCUGGACAGCCACAUCCAGGGUAUGAAAGAAAACACCAUCAGGACGGUGAACAAGUACCUGUCAGGUGGCGCGGGGCCCCAAUCUGCUCAGACGUCUGUGCAGGAUGGUCAGUGAUGUAGGCACAGCAGUGAGAGUAAUGAUGUGCUUUAUUAUAUGUUAGAAUGGCAGCAGAUGGGAAGGUUUCCGCCUCACUUGAUUGAACUUUAAACAUCUGUUCCUAUUCUUACAUGUUUUGAACGUUUGAGAUCAUUAUGGCAGCUUGGAGCUUUAAGUUCACCCAAGUGUUUCUUAACAACUGUCAGCAGUAAAGGCCACAUUUUAUUACAAGCCGCCAAAUAUGUUAUGGUCCUUUAAUCUAACCGUGCCCCAAAGGAGUCCAUAGCAUAUGAGGUGCCACAAAGCUGCUGCGAUUCAAAGCAAAUUUAACUGUAUCGAACCAAGAAGUGCUUGGAAAACACCGAACAAAAGUAAAAGACAUUAGAGCCGCAGCCAAAGGAAACAAAAAGAGAAGGUUCUGAACCGUGCCACGCAGAGGGCCAUCAGGUUCAGACUUCUCCACUAAACUGAAGCCGGCCAGCUAAACUAAUGGAACCAAAACCAAAAGCAGAUCCGCCAGUGACUCAGCAAACUAUUAACAAAGCAAAAACUGCAGAGUUGGGAUGAACGCUAUGCCAAAAAGUCACAUGGCAUUUUAACAGAUGACUUUAGUGGGAAUGCUGAUUUUUGUAUUUCAUUUCCACUGAAAAAAAUAAUUAAGAGUUAGUCAUUCAAUCUGUUCCAACCGAGCAUGUUCCCUUCCAUCUGGGCGGUAUUAUUAGUAGGUCGGGGCAUCUCUGUAGCACCUUUUAUGUGACUUUUUUACAUUUUCUCCAAAAAUUGAAUCGCUUGCAAUCUGGAUGUUGCAUUUGUGCACAUUGCGAGUUUGAUCAUAUUUCGAUUCAUUGUUCAGACGUACUGCAAACACAAAUCAGGUUGGUUGUAGUUAAAGAGAAAUGCUGGUCAGCUUUCCAGGCCGAUCAGCAUUAAAAAGUUACUAAAAAUCCGCUGGUGUAGAGGCAUGUCUCAUUAGCUCCAUUGGUUACUUGUGAUUUUUACUCUUUUUGUUUAUUACAUAUGUAUCCAAAGCUGAAAUGAAGUGUUUCAGCUUUUGUGUGUGUUGGAAGCAGAGUUCACAUCAAAUUAAUCUUAAAGAGAAAGCGCUGACAGAGGCCAGGUGAUUAUAUUUUAUGUGCCAAUUCACAUCCUGUGUCACAAGUUGAUCCACAAAGACGACAACAAGCUUUCUGUACAUGUUCAGGGAACACUCACUUCCAUGGGUUUGUCAGAAACACACUGCAGAAAGACACACAAACUGGCCUCCUGUUUCGCUCCACUUGAAAUUUGUGUAUAAAGUCUCUUUACAGCUGUUGACAAAUAGUGACAGCUGUAAAAAUUUGCCUUACGUUACACUCUGUUUAACUUUAGGGCUGCAACAAAUAAUAAAUUUCAGUCUCUGAGAAGCUUUGAACCAUCUAAGAUUAAUCUAACUAUAAUUUAUCAACUUACCGCUGCUGUUCUAAUCCUAUAUCCACAUAAUCAGCUCCAGUCAGUUUGCAAUCUUGUGGAAAAAGACUAGCUAUCUGCUCUAAAUGCGUGAAUUAAGCCGGAUUUAUACUCUGUCUGAACUGCGUGUAGAAUAGCGUCGGAAACUCCCUCCUCCUACACCAUCUACUCCAUCUCUGGAUAUUGUGCCAUCAUGAGUAACUUUCAAAACCAACAGUCCAACAUUCACACCUUCUUCCUGCUGUGGACUCCUCCUUGGAACUUUUUUAUUUGUAUAAACAAUUAAUGAAUCAAUCUUCCUGGAGGGACUGUUGGAAAUUUUCGCCUGUUUUUAAAUGAUUCUGGGUCUCUCCGUGACGGCUGACUUUUCACGCCUCCAUCCAGUGUGGCCUUUUGGAACGACUAUAAACACAUCAGAUUUCCAACGUGGGUGGACAGCAUGUCUUCACAAGUAGUUCUGAGAGACCAUAACCCAGCCUCCACGGCCAUUUCAACAUAACGCACAUAACUCAUGAACUCCACGACAGCCCGGCUCAGGCAAACUGUUUGUGGCACAUCUGAAGUGUUUUGCUUUAUGUUAUGCUGCGUUCCCUUCAGGCUGGGAUGACCUCAGUCCUUCAUGUGUUUCAGCUGAAGAAAACACGGGGAUGUGAUUGUUUUUAUGAACAGACAGCUUCAUGUCUAAGCUAAUGCCACCGUUUUGUGAGGAAGGUGCAUUUAUUUUCAUCACUUUUUCAAACCUGCAUCCUGACAGCAAUAAAUUGAUGAAUAAGCUUAGUUGAUGUCCGAACAAUAUCUGUAGAAUUCUUGAGAUUUGGAGGGCAGCUUCUACAACCUGUAUUUACUGAUAACGAUUCUUUUAUGUAGGUCUGUUGAGAUGUUGCAUAAUUACAGUGCAUGAGACGUGACUAAAAAGCAAAACUGCGCCUCUAAGAAGUAUAAAGUGUACCUGAUUUAACUCCAUGAACCAAAAAGACGUGCCUGCAGUUUUAAACAGCAUAUUGUUUUUAAGACCUCACCAAUCACCAACCUGUUUAUCAGAGCCAGAAGCUGUGAAAAUAGAAAGAAUCAUCAGAUGUUCAACUUUCCGAGGGUCGCUGGACUAAUCAUGUGUGAUGUACCGUUUCAUCUGGAAACUUUUUUGUGCACGUGUCAUUUAAAAAUUAAAAAAUUGGUUAAAAUAAAUACUGAAAUCUGCUUUCCUUGGCGCAACUGUGAAGUGAAGCCACUAGUGAUUCAGUUGAACUGCAGGCUGUGCUUACACAAAUCAGAAAGGAGAUAAGUAUAGAGACAGAUACAAUAUCUGUGGCAUAUAAAGAUACCUUCUUUCCAAUGUUUGUUACACAUAUGGACUCUUGAAAAACAAUUGUACGUGUUGACUCUAGUUUUUUUAAAGUUUUGUAAAAUAAAUAUUUAAGAAAUUCA